AUGGCAAGCAGAAUAUUGUAUAUUUUAAUAGUAGCUUUGUCUACAUUCACCACUACAGAAUAUGACACUUCAGCAACACAUGUCUUGGCUCCUUCAACUAUUGCUGCGUGUAGUACACCUGCUUCUCAGAUACUGCUGACACUCAAAAGACUUGUUAGAUGGGAUGCCGUGUAUUUUUUGGGUAUUGCUGAGCAAGGUUAUACCUAUGAACAACAGUUUGCAUUUUUUCCUGGACUGCCAUUAUUGAUGCAAGCUGCAGCACAUUCGCUUUCCAGUGUUUUUGGCAGUUCCGUUUGCAAUCAUGUUCUAUUGGUGAUCUCUGGUAUUUUAAUUUCCAACACUUGCUUUGUCAUGGCAACAGUAGCUUUGUACAAGUUGUCGGCACACGUUCUUCACGACAAUCACAUUGCAUUCGUAUCAGCAAUUUUAUUUGCCUUUAAUCCAGCGGGGAUAUUCAUGUCAUCAAUCUAUACAGAAUCACCCUUUGCACUUUGUGCAUUCAUGGGUAUGCUAAAUAUGGUCCAGGAUCAUACUUGGGCUGCUGCUUUGUGGUGGAGUGGUGCAUCAUCACUGCGUGGAAACGGAAUUCUGUUUGCCGGAUUCUUUAUUUGGGAUCUAUUGCAUCCUUUUGCAAAGCACACGAUACAAACUCAAACCAUGUAUCGGAUAGUGCGAAAUACGAUAGCGCUGGGCGUAGUGGUUGCUCCGUUUAUUUUAUUUCAAUAUUACGGGUGGACUUUGUUUUGUACUGAAAAUGCAGAUACUUAUCGGCCUUGGUGUAACCAUAAGAUUCCAAGUAUUUAUUCGUUUGUGCAAGCGCAUUAUUGGAACAAUGGUCUAUUUAAAUACUAUACUGCUCAACAGAUACCAAACUUUUUUUUGGCAGCACCAUAUCUGAUUGUAUCAUGCACUGGAAUUACACAGUUUGCACUUGAACACUGGACAGAAUUUAUUUCUGUCGGGUUCAUGACUAAAAAACUAAAACGCCCUUAUUCGGUAUUGACGUUACUCCCGUUUGUAUAUCUAUGGAUGGUAAUGCUUGGUACAUGUGCCUUGUUUAUGCACGUUCAAGUCAUUUUGAGAUUUUUUACCUCUUCUCCAGUAUUAUUUUGGGUAUUGGCCAAAUGGACUGUCGAAUGGAAUGGUAAAUCUAUGUUUAUCCGACUACUUGGUUUCUACUAUACUACAUAUCCAGUGAUUGGUGCCGUGUUAUUUGCCAACUUUCUUCCCCCAGCAUAA